AUGGGGUAUUCCUUGGACGGGACGUCUUCGGACGUUAUGGAGGUUAUGGAAACUGGCCGUUCGGUGUAUUUGUGGAACUCUCUCAGACGUCGAAGUUUGUUUCAACUUGGCCGUGAUAAGCUCACUUGGCCUAUUCAAGCAUUAGUGAUGGAAGAAAUGGAAGAAAUGGAAACUCUGCCAUGGAAGCGAGAGUUUAAAAGCAUGAAUGGGGAGGAGGUUUCGGAUGGAUUUAUCCCUGCUCUUCUUCCUCUGGGGAUUGGUAUUAUGUCAUCGAGCAGAUGA